CUCAUACAAUUGUCGGUCAUUCGACACAACAGCAGGACUGGUCAUGGCCGUUCAAAUGAAAAGGUGUCUGUCACUGAACACAUGAGUGUGAAGGAGGAGGCCCGUCCCAUGGAUGCGUGAAUCGAUGAUGGAAGGAAAGGAACAAACGGAACAACAGUCUCCCAUCGUCACUAUCGGUGGGAGACUCACAUGUACACAGCCGAGGGCAAGUGCCGCAGACACGUGCCUUGUGCCUCAUUCGAUGACAUACGGGCUGAAUGAGUCUGCCGAUCGGUCGAGGAUCUUGAGCUGCUCCUUCAGGAUGUUGGUCAGCUGCACUGUCGUCAGCAAAGCACUCUGGAGCUCCUCCUACAACCAACAAGACAGGUGUGUCAGACGGCAGCCAACUGCCUGUCUGAGUCAUACCUGUCUCUUUUUCUUGAAGUCCGGUGUCUGCAAGUCGGCCGUCGAGGCCGUCUGGACGGCAGACAGAGAGAGGCAGACACAUGCACUCAUCGAUCCACUCAUUCAUUGACUCAUUCUCACGUGUCUCUGUCUUGUCCCUUUCCUGCCCCUGAACGUGAAGUAGCGACUGCGAAGCCGCGGGUACUCAUGUGUGACGAAUAUCUGCAGCGAGACCUCCCUCUUGAACCCGUUGCCCUCGUAUAUGUGGCAGGUGAGGGCACCUAGCUCAUCCUUGUAAGCGCGGUACGAUUCCUUCAUCCCUGAUGGAAGGCGACACAUGAGUUGAGGCGCCGCUCUCUCAUCGUCUCUCCUCCCCUCACCCAGUGCGUUUGCCCACUCAUUGGCCUCCCCCAUCUUGUGCAACGCGUCAUAGAUCACCUCCAGUCGACCCUGAUGAACAGAGAGGGAACACAGUGUGUGUGAAAGGACGGUUGCAAGCAGCAGGCUCACCCUUUCGACGAGUGCGUCCAUCUCUUUGUCCACCUCCCUCUGCCUCGCCUUCCUCUCGCGUAUGUACUUUUUCGAUAUCCUCGGCCCAUGACCCUCACCCUCCGACCGCCCCAUCGCCGUGUGAGGCCGCAGCCCCAAGCCAACACGACCACCGCCACUGGAGAAGGAGUCUGACUGACCAAAAGCCUGAGAGCCCAUGCUCGAGAAGAAGGCGGAAUGGCCGGCCCCCCACUGUGCGGAGUGAGCAUCGUCAAUCCUGGUCGGUGAGGCAGCCGAGGUGGGGGACUCCUCCUGGAUGCGCACGCUGCUGUGGCUCUUGCGCAGAUGCUCAUCUGGCCACUCCGAUGCCUUCGCCCCACCAGCAGGACUCAGGAUGCUUCGAGGUUUCUUUGACGGGUCGAAGGUGGGCGAGUGAGAUGGGGGUAAGGGUAUUGUGCCGGGGCUUUCUGGCUGUGACGUCGAAUGGCCAGGGGAGCUGGGCAAAGCCAGCCCCAUCCCGGAUGUGGGGGUGAAGGCGAACGCCUCUUCCUGACCGGUGGUCGCCUUCAAGACGGUGUCCUCUGUCAGGGACGGCGGUCUUCGCCAGCUGGCGUCGGUCUGGCUUCUGAUGGCAGCAGCAGCGGCAUCUUGGUCGCCUCCGUCGUGGCUGCUGGACGUUGUCCCGGGGCGAGAACGAUUGCGUGAAGCCGUCUGCAGCCAAGGAGACGGAUCUAUCCCGUGAGAUGCAUCCCGUGAGCCAUCCGCCCGCCCCACCUGUGGUCUUGAUGCCUGCUCUCUUUGGUUGCCCUGUUGGUGUUUGGCGAUGGCCUCCUCCCACUUCUCGUCGAACUCGUUCUCCUCUCCGGCAUCAACAUGGUCGUCCUGGAUCAGAUCAUCAACAGUGACCUCUUCCUCCUGCCGAAGCAUCGUGAAAGAAGCUUGGGCGUGCGAGACGCUGGAGAGCGAUCCG